GUUACCGUCAUUCUGGGUCCAGCUUGUGUUUGGCAAACCAUCUUACACCACCAACCUGUCUUCACCAACCUCACCUGCAUCACGCCACUACUGCACUACGAAUGUCAUGCACAAAAGAUGGUGCUUGGUUUCUUUUUUGAAAUCCAAGAAUCAGAAACCUAUCACCACGCACCAAGAUGGGUUCCAUAGCUGAAGGCUUCGCCUUGUUAAGCUCGGCAGUCGCGACACCAAUCGCGCAGCUCAAUCCCAAUCUAUCUGAACCAGCUUCACGCGUGAUUAUUGGGAAAGUAGCUAUCGUUUGGCCUUAUAAUUCAGUCAGCAAUACCCUCGCCUUCCUUCUUGCCGAACCCGAUAUUCUCCUCCGUCGCAUCAAAGGCGAGGUCCGCGUCCAGCUCCACGGGUCAAGCGCGAAACGUGUUGCAGAAUGCAAGCUUGGGGGUGGCGAUGCAGUAGCUCUCUAUCUGGAUGGGGUAGUCUGGGGCAAGGACAGCUCCCCCAUUCGCAUGCCGGCAGCACGGCUGGACUGGCAGCUUGAGUUUGCUGAGAAACUGAGACUUGAGGAGAUACACAAGAGAUCCGAACUGUCAAUGUCGAUAAUCCAUUACCCGUUGCCCAGCUCGGUUUCGUUGAAGAGACACAGACACAGGAUGGCCAACCCCAACCAGACCCUGUAUCGCCCAUAGCUCAGCCCCGAAAUUCCCGCAUUGCCGACAUCGAAAUAAACGAGCUCAAGUCCCCAGCAUUUUUGAAGAGAGCUAGGGUCUCAUACGGAUCCCUUUUUGAGGGUGCUUUUGACAUUUUUGAGGAAGACGGUGGGCU